UGUGUGUGUGAGAUUGUGUGUAUGUGCGUGUGCGUGAGUGCAUGUGUGCUUGCGUGCGUGCGUGUGUAUGUGUUUGUCCAUUCCUCUUACAAAUACUUUUUAUUCAUGACUCACAGGAUAGUUCAAGAAAUCUUAUAGGCAAUUCUUUUUGCUGUUGUUGUUGUUGUUUUUUUAGCCAGACCAUAAAGAAACAUCAACAGUAGCAAAGAUUAAAUCCGAAAAGAAACAUACACUUGCCUCGGUCUAUCAAGGCCUUCCAUUACGUCACCAAACUCUAGCCUUUGUAAUUUUUCUUCGUGUGCACUAACAAAUGAGGAAUUUCGUCUCACCAAAGAGUUUUAAAUGUUUAUAUGUGUGCUUAAAAAAACAACUUACAUAACAUUUCUAUUGGAUAAGAUAAUGGCUUCAGGAGAAGUGACAGGCCAAAGUAUUGGGAUCAAGAGGCAAGAGUAUGACUACAGGCGUCACUUCUAUAUGGCCCACCUGGAGGAGGAGCUGCAGAAGGGGAAGAAGUACGUCUUAGCCAUGGAGUUCCUCGGCUACCUCAAUGACCAGCUGCGUGGCUUCUAUAGGUCGACCUACAAGAAUGCAGAUGGGAAGACAAGGUACUUGGCUUCGACGUAGUUCUCACCGAUGGACGCCCGCCGAGCCUUCCUGUGCUUCGACGAGCCGGGUAUGAAGGCGACCUUCGAGGUCCGCCUCUCCGGCAUGCCCCUUGUCGAGACUUUGCUGAUAAAAGGUACGGAUGGCUGGGUGUAGGACGGCUACAAGAAGAAUCUUCCCAAUCCCACCUACAUCGUUGCCUUUGUCGUGUUCGUCCGCUUCUUAUCAUCUCUUCUCAGGACUGACUACAGUUUAUGGGUAACUGUCUCAAUUGCUCUUGUGGAAUGGGAGAGCUAGAGGGAGACAGAUAAAUAAAGAGAAAUGAAUUGAUAGAUGGAGAGAGUGUGUCGUGUGUGCAUGUGCGAGUGUCUGUGUAUGUGUUUAUUUAAGUAUAAAGAAAGAUAUAAAGCUAUAAAAGAUGUAAGUCUUUAUCAGGUACCUCUUUCCAGUGUGGCCGCGAAAAUCUGCUUUCAGCGAUGCGGAAUACGCUAGCAAAAUUAGUCCCAAGAUCCUUAGCUUCAACAAGGAAUACUUCAACAACCCCUUCCCUCUCCUGGAACAAGACGACGUCGCUUUUAUUGAUCUCUCGUUCUAUGGCCAGGGCUUGUAAUUUUUCCUUAACUAGGGAUUGCCAGUCUAUUUUCUUUCAGUGUUUUCGUGUGUGUGUGUGUGUGUGUGUGUGUGUGUGUGUGUGUGUGUGUGUGUGUGUGUGUGUGUGUGUGUGUGUGUGUGUAUGUGUGUGUG